GGAAAGUCGGCGAAAGAUGAAAAAAAUUAUGGUGACUUAUCUGAUAAAGAGCCGAUGCAUUGAUGGGGGCACGGCGAGAAAGAAGGUUACCAAGAAAUCCCAGACAUGGAGUUGUUGAGGACGUGGCAAAGAACGCGAAGACACGGCUGCGAUUCCGAAUUGGCUGCUUUCUCCAUCGUUGAGGUUGCAUUGCGGGACACGAAAAAGAGGACGCGGCAAGUGCCGAGCGCGCCAUGUCCUACGACUCCACGGCGAGUUUCUUUUGCAAUCAUGCAUGUCUGUCUCUUACCCAGACAUCCUACUGGACAUAAUUUCUAUCUAUGAAGACUACAGCCCAGUCUCUUGUGCUACACUUGCUGCUCUUGCAAGAACCUGUAGGAUAUUCAAGGAGCCUGCGCUCGAUACCCUUUGGAAAGAUAUAAAUGGGUUCAAGCCAUUGCUCUCAUGCUUGCCUGAAAGCGUCGUGUACACAUUUGGCUUGCGAGGAAUGUUGAUGCUCACAAGACCUCUCUUAAAUGCAGAGUGGAGAAUUAUCGCUCAAUAUGCACAACGUAUCCGCUCCUUCAGGGUCUCCCCUACUGAGUUAGAAAUCAUAGACGAUUGUGUCGUGCAGGCGCUCAUUUCUGCGCCAUCACCGCUCUUGCCGGACCUUCGUAGUUUGGUUUGGUUGAGUGGGGAAGAGUCAUUCUUUCCGUUGUUGCACACCCUCCUUAGGUCAACUAUCACGUCGGUGCAGCUGGACUUUAGUUCAAGCUUUAGCAACCCCUCUUUCGCCAAAUCUGCUUUGUUAGCUUCCAUUGGAGCUCGAUGUCUAUCCAUUCAGGAACUCGACUGCGUAUAUGACGGUGAUUCUGAAGAAAGUUCGGAUGCGAUUUGCGAAGCCCUGUGUGGCUUGCGGGAGCUCUCGCAUCUUGGCACAGGGGCCCUUAACGCACAAGCGCUUCUUCGCUUGGCUUCUUUACCGUUGUUGAAGUCUCUGCACUUCAGCCUGAGAUCCUACGACAUCAACGAGACGCAAUCCAAUCCCACUCCAACGCAUUUCUCCCAACUUGAUCAAGUGCACAUCACUACACCGACACCUUCUGUUUUUAAUCAUUGUCUCAGAAACAUCCGUUUUCUCUCCUGUCGAACAAUUAACUUGCGCGUCGAAUAUAAUGACCUAGAUAUGGACCCGUAUGAUCCACUGGAUAUUCCAGACUUCAUUGUCUCCAUCUCGGAGUGCUUCUCUCCUGCUCUUGAGAAACUCCAUUUCGACUUCAACCUCUCGUUCAGCACCUUGCUUGACAGAGACAUACUUGCUAAUCCCAGCUUUGCACUUGGCUUUGACGCGAUUGCCCCGAUGUUGUGGUUUAAUUGCUUAACGGACUUACAGCUCGAUUGGAUGUGCACUUCGGCCAUCGAUGAUGCCUCACUCAAGACAAUGGCGCGUUCCUGGCCUCAGCUCGAGAAUUUCUCGUUUGGAAGUGCGGCUCGUUGGCUGGUCCCACCAUCCCUCACCUUCAUAGGACUCGUCCACCUAAUACAUCAUUGCCGGCGCCUGCACAGCAUUGAAAUGCCCUUUUGCGCAUGUCCCGUAGACACCAACAGCGAGCCUUUCUCUAAAACCAUUCCCAACGAGAAAAUCACCAGACUUUUCGUGGGGAUCUCUCCCAUCGUCGAUCCCACCGCCGUGGCCUGUCAACUGCAUAUAAUGUUGCCUAAAUUGACCACCGUCGGCCUCUUCGACUGGCUUGAUGCUGAGACCCCCGUACCACCGCCGUUUGAAGAAUUUGAGGAUAGAUGGAGUAAGGUGAAUGAGUUUCUAGGGGUGAUUACUAUUAUUGCAAAAAUGAGAGAGGAAAUGGGCCAAGCACCACAGGAGCCCAUAUUGCCGGGCUGACGGACCAGUAGAUAUAUUGCGUGGUGACUUGGAUACUAUCUACAAGUAUGUACUUAUUACGGAGUCAAAGUUCAACGUUUCAUGAGUCACAGGCGUGCGCGAACACGUCAUUUGUAUUCCCAGGUGUGACCCACAAG